CUUUGGGAACGUUUUUCAAAUCAGUAUAUUGUGAACUUUCAAUAUUCGAAGUCAAGUUAACGGAACAAUGCGUUUACUCGAACUAGCCCUUGUGCUAGUGUUUUUCCUGACUCUACAAUUCGCAGAUGCUGCAAAUGGACGUCAAUCCAUUGCGUCAGUGGGACGUUAUGAGAACGUGAAGCCUGAAGGUCGUUUCACCAGUAAAUUUUUGAAUCAACUGAAUACUUUGAAGGGUGAUACAACGACAACUACGGUACUACCGGAUACCGACACUACGACAGUGACGUCACCGGACGAUACAACUUCCCCUACUUAUCCAGAUUCAAGCUAUCCGGACUCGACUUAUCCGGAUACAAGUUAUCCAGACUCCACUUAUUCAGGUUUAACAACUCCAGACACAACUUACCCUGAUACAAAUUCGUUAAGUCCGAGUUUAACGUAUCCAGAUCUCGGCGAUGAACCGAUUAUUGUACCUGAUAACUCAUCUUUCAGAACAUACAAAGUUAACAGAAAUAAAAUCGAUAACGACAAUGAUGAAAUGAUUAAGGGUCAAAAGACACACAAAAAAAAGAAUAGUAAACUUGAACAAGAGUACUAUAAUGAUGACGAUGUUGAUGAUGAUGAUGAUGAUGAAGAUGCUGAUGAUGGCGAAGAUGACCGUAACGAUGAUGGUGAAUAUAAUGCACUGGACAGCGCUGAAGAUGAUGCUUCCGAAGAGCGUAGUUUACGGCACCAUGGUAAUCAUGAAGAAUUAGGACGUGCUGCUCGCGCUCGUCCCAGCCAGUGGCAGUUACGUCAGAUGCGUCGACGCAAUCAACGUAUUCGUCAACUGCAACGUCAACGAACGCAAAUACGUCGCCGACGUCUGAGGCGUCGUCAACUGGCUGCUAAACGCCGCUCCAAAUUGAAGCGUCGUCGUGCCAUACUACGCCGUCGUCGUCGUCAACAGAAAUUGAGAUCUUCACGUAGACGUAAGCAAAUGAAACGUCGCCGUUUACAACGAAGACGCAAGCAAGUUCGACGACAGAAAGCUAGCAAUAACCGUCGCUUGAGACGUUUCCGUAAGAGACGUGGUUCCAACAGGAGACGUAUUGUACGUUUAAAUAUAGGAGUAACGGUUUACGCAAUUAAGUUAACCACCACCAUGUAUUUGUUCAAAAUUACACUCUUGGUGCUCGGCUUAGCCGCCGUGACGCUGCCAGCAACAGGUAAGCAGAUUCCUGAAUCUGGUGCCGACCAAAAAUAUCAGUUGUUCAAUAAACAACGAGCACAUGCCGGAAGACGUGCUAAUGAAGAUGUCGGCAGUGGACGUGUAAUCUCACAGGAUCUUAUUAAUAGGAUCGCUGCACUGAAGAAUCCCACUUCUACCACCACUUCGGUUAUUACAUCGACAACAUCUUUUGAACCAUCUACUCCCACAACAACAACUGUUACUCUUAUACCAACGGGAACAGCACCAAUAUCACCACCACCACCACCUCCGCCGCCACCACCACCACCACCACCACCUCCACCACCGCCACCACCAGCGAAUGAAGAACCAGGCCCCUCUCCACCCGCUACCCGAAAGCGUGUACGAGUUUACUCCAAUUUCAAUGAGGAUUUCGAAAAUGAAGAUGACGAUUUCGUCUUGGCAUUGCACCAACCCAAUAGGAAUUUCAUUGACAAUUACGAACAGGAGGAAGAAAGCGAAAAUGUCCAUGUUGCCGCCAUCGAAGAUGACUCCGCUGAGGAGGCAGGUCGCGCAGCACGUGCUCGCCCAUCGAAUUGGCGUCGCCGUCAGGCGCAACGUCGCCUACAACGUCAACGUCAACGCCAGCGAAAACUAAACAGACGUCGUCGCCAGGCUAUGGUUAAGGCACGUCGUCAACAACGCCGUCGUCAACAGCAACGCCAACAGGUUAAGAAGCAGCAUCGUCGUCAUCGUCGUGGCGGCAAAAAGUCGCGUCGCUCCAACAAACGUAGACGCAUUGUACGAGUAAAGGUUUAAAAAUCAGCCCUCGACAUGUAACACAACGGAUAAUGCAAGUGAAAUAAAGAAACAAACAAUUUGAAUAGUA